CCCGUUUAGGCCCUCCCGUCUAGGCCCUCCCGCUGCCUUGAGGUGCCUCCGGGCCGGGCUCCCUCCCCUUGCAGCCUCCCGCGGCCCUGCCCUCGCCCUCCUGCUCCCCUCCCCCUUGGCUGCACUGGCCCUGUCUUGCUGUCCAGGAUGGGAAUCCAUGGCCUGGCCAAGCUCAUUGCCGACGUGGCCCCUGCUGCCAUCCGGGAGAAUGACAUCAAGGCUUACUUUGGCCGGAAGGUGGCUAUUGAUGCAUCCAUGAGCAUCUACCAGUUCCUCAUCGCUGUGCGGCAGGGAGCUGAGGCGCUGCAGAAUGAGGAGGGUGAGACCACCAGCCACUUGAUGGGCAUGUUCUACCGCACCAUCCGCAUGGUGGAGAAUGGCAUCAAGCCAGUUUACGUGUUUGAUGGUAAGCCCCCUCAGCUGAAGUCAGGGGAGCUAGCAAAGCGAACGGAGCGCCGGGCUGAGGCAGAGAAGCAUUUGCAAGAAGCUCAAGAGGCUGGAGAGGAGAACAACAUUGAGAAGUUCAGCAAGAGGCUGGUCAAGGUAACCCAGCAGCACACUGAUGAAUGCAAGAAGUUACUAAUGCUGAUGGGCAUUCCUUACGUUGAGGCACCAGGAGAAGCUGAAGCCAGCUGUGCCACCUUGGUGAAAGCUGGUAAAGUCUAUGCAGCUGCUACUGAAGAUAUGGAUUGCCUGACAUUUGGCAGUCCUGUACUGAUGCGGCACCUUACUGCCAGCGAGGCUAAGAAGUUACCAGUCCAAGAGUUUCAUCUGAAUCGUAUUUUGCAGGAUCUAGAUCUGACCUGGGAACAGUUUGUUGACCUGUGUAUCCUCCUAGGCUGUGACUACUGUGAGAGCAUCCGUGGCAUUGGACCGAAGCGUGCUAUUGAGCUCAUCAAGCAACACAAAACUAUUGAGAAGAUUGUGCAGCACAUAGAUACCAAGAAGUAUCCUCUGCCUGAGAACUGGUUGCACAAAGAGGCCCAGAAGCUUUUUCUAGAGCCUGAUGUGGUAGACCCUGAUGCUGUUGAACUGAAGUGGACUGAGCCAAAUGAAGACGAGCUCGUCCAAUUCAUGUGUAAGGAGAAGCAGUUCAAUGAAGAACGGAUCCGCAAUGGGAUCAAAAGAUUGAGCAAGAGUCGGCAAGGCAGCACCCAGGGCCGACUGGAUGACUUCUUCAAGGUGACUGGCUCCAUCACAUCAGCCAAGCGCAAAGAGCCAGAAUCUAAGGGAUCUGCAAAGAAGAAAGCAAAGACCAACAAUGUAGCAGCAGGAAAGUUCAAAAAGGGUAGAUAAUUGAUUUACCAAACCCUUAUAAUUGUUUUUUAUUCUAAACUCAAAAAAGAGUUCUAGGCCAAUAACAAAAAUACAUGUAUAAAUAAAUUCCCAGACUAAGAAGAAAAAAGAAAGUGCCUCUUUUUUUUUUUUUAAUGCUGUACUUCACAUAACCUUUUCCUAUAACUUGUCAAAGCAGUGUGCUUUUUUUUCAGAAUAAAAUUUACAUACAAAUACAAUGUUUCUCACAUUUUCUGGAG